CAAAUCCCUGGCUGUCUUCCUACAGACAAGACUGUUUUUUGAUGGGACUGAUAUUAAGAGAAGUAGGACCUUUUGUGCAUUCAACUCAUUGAUAAAACUUAUCAUCGGCAUGAGUGGCUUAAAAGAGGAAAGAAAGAAGCUUUCAACUAAAUCCAAAAGUGCAGUCAUUUUCUUUACUGCUGUUAUUUUAAAAACCGCUUCAUAACCAUUGAAAGAGAAUUGACAACUAUUUUAAAAGAUUAAAGAAAGGCAGAUGUCUGCAAAUAAUUCCCCUCCAUCAGCCCAGAAGUCUGUAUUAUCUUCGGCUAUUCCUGCUGUGCUUCCAACUGCUUCUCCGUGUUCAAGUCCUAAGACGGGACUCUCUGUCCGACUCUCUAAUGGAAGCUUCAGUGCACCAUCGCUCACCAACUCCAGAGGCUCAGUGCAUACAGUUUCAUUUCUACUGCAAAUUGGCCUCACACGGGAGAGUGUUACCAUUGAAGCCCAGGAACUGUCUUUAUCUGCUGUCAAGGAUCUUGUGUGCUCCAUUGUUUAUCAAAAGUUUCCAGAGUGUGGAUUCUUUGGCAUGUAUGACAAAAUUCUUCUUUUUCGCCAUGAUAUGAACUCAGAAAAUAUUUUGCAGCUGAUUACCUCAGCAGAUGAAAUACAUGAAGGAGAUCUAGUGGAAGUUGUUCUUUCAGCUUUGGCCACAGUAGAAGACUUCCAGAUUCGUCCACAUACUCUCUAUGUACAUUCUUACAAAGCUCCUACUUUCUGUGAUUAUUGUGGUGAGAUGCUCUGGGGAUUGGUACGGCAGGGACUUAAAUGUGAAGGCUGUGGAUUAAAUUAUCAUAAACGAUGUGCCUUCAAGAUUCCAAAUAACUGUAGUGGAGUAAGAAAGAGACGUCUGUCAAAUGUAUCUUUGCCAGGACCCGGCCUCUCGGUUCCAAGACCCCUACAGCCUGAAUAUGUAGCCCUUCCCAAUGAAGAGUCACAUGUGCACCAGGAACCAAGUAAGAGAAUUCCUUCUUGGAGUGGUCGCCCAAUCUGGAUGGAAAAGAUGGUAAUGUGCAGAGUGAAAGUUCCACACACAUUUGCUGUUCACUCUUAUACCCGUCCCACGAUAUGUCAGUACUGCAAACGGUUACUGAAAGGCCUCUUUCGCCAAGGAAUGCAGUGUAAAGAUUGUAAAUUCAACUGCCAUAAACGCUGUGCAUCAAAAGUACCAAGAGACUGCCUUGGAGAGGUUACUUUCAAUGGAGAACCUUCCAGUCUGGGAACAGAUACAGAUAUACCAAUGGAUAUUGACAAUAAUGACAUAAAUAGUGAUAGUAGUCGGGGCUUGGAUGACACAGAAGAGCCAUCUCCCCCGGAAGACAAGAUGUUCUUCCUGGAUCCAUCUGAUCUUGAUGUGGAAAGAGAUGAAGAAGCCAUUAAAACAAUCAGUCCAUCAACAAGCAAUAAUAUUCCGCUAAUGAGGGUUGUACAAUCCAUCAAGCACACAAAGAGGAAGAGCAGCACAAUGGUGAAGGAAGGGUGGAUGGUCCAUUACACCAGCAGGGAUAACCUGAGAAAGAGGCAUUAUUGGAGACUUGACAGCAAAUGUCUAACAUUAUUUCAGAAUGAAUCUGGAUCAAAGUAUUAUAAGGAAAUUCCACUUUCAGAAAUUCUUCGCAUAUCUUCACCACGAGAUUUCACAAACAUUUCACAAGGCAGCAAUCCACACUGUUUUGAAAUCAUCACUGAUACUAUGGUAUACUUCGUUGGUGAGAACAAUGGGGAUAGCUCUCAUAAUCCUGUUCUUGCCGCCACUGGAGUUGGACUUGAUGUAGCACAGAGCUGGGAAAAAGCAAUUCGCCAAGCCCUCAUGCCUGUUACUCCUCAAGCAAGUGUUUGCACUUCUCCAGGGCAAGGGAAAGAUCACAAAGAUUUGUCUACGAGUAUCUCUGUAUCUAACUGUCAGAUCCAGGAGAAUGUGGAUAUCAGUACUGUUUACCAGAUCUUUGCAGAUGAGGUGCUUGGUUCAGGCCAGUUUGGCAUUGUUUAUGGAGGAAAACAUAGAAAGACUGGGAGGGAUGUGGCUAUUAAAGUAAUUGAUAAGAUGAGAUUCCCCACAAAACAAGAAAGUCAACUCCGUAAUGAAGUGGCUAUUUUACAGAAUUUGCACCAUCCUGGGAUUGUAAACCUGGAAUGUAUGUUUGAAACCCCAGAACGAGUCUUUGUAGUAAUGGAAAAGCUGCAUGGAGAUAUGCUGGAAAUGAUUCUAUCCAGUGAGAAAAGUCGGCUUCCAGAACGAAUUACUAAAUUCAUGGUCACACAGAUACUUGUUGCUUUGAGGAAUCUGCAUUUUAAGAAUAUUGUGCACUGUGAUUUAAAGCCAGAAAAUGUGCUGCUUGCAUCAGCAGAACCAUUUCCUCAGGUGAAGCUGUGUGAUUUUGGAUUUGCACGCAUCAUUGGUGAAAAGUCAUUCAGGAGAUCUGUGGUAGGAACUCCAGCAUACUUAGCCCCUGAAGUUCUCCGGAGCAAAGGUUACAACCGUUCUCUAGAUAUGUGGUCAGUGGGAGUUAUCAUCUAUGUGAGCCUCAGUGGCACAUUUCCUUUUAAUGAGGAUGAAGAUAUAAAUGACCAGAUCCAAAAUGCUGCAUUUAUGUACCCACCAAAUCCAUGGAAAGAAAUUUCUGGUGAAGCAAUUGAUUUGAUAAACAAUCUGCUUCAAGUGAAGAUGAGAAAACGUUAUAGUGUUGACAAAUCUCUUAGUCAUCCCUGGCUCCAGGACUAUCAGACUUGGCUUGACCUUAGGGAAUUUGAAACUCGCAUUGGAGAACGUUACAUUACACAUGAAAGUGAUGAUGCUCGCUGGGAAAUACAUGCAUACACACAUAACCUUGUAUACCCAAAGCACUUCAUUAUGGCUCCUAAUCCAGAUGAUAUGGAAGAAGAUCCUUAAUCACUGAGUUAACCUAAAUAAGGAAGGAUUUCACUUAAUGGACUGAUAUUUUGCUGAAUAACUUGUUCUUUGUAGGCUGUCAUCUGCAAGGAUGCAAAGAUACGAGGAAAUAUGAUAAGGAAUCAGUGACACCAGUACUGUAGUCCAUACUGAGUAGGUACAGGAGGGAAACUGAAUAAUAAGAACUCAUAAUGGAAUCAAGGUGAAGCUUUUUAUAAACUUUUGUAGCCUAAGCAA